AUGAAGACCUUUCUCAUUCUCAGUGCCCUGCUCACAGGAGCAAUACCGUAUGUCUAUCAGAAAUGUGAGCUUGCCCAUCUUUUACACAAAAAUGGAUUGGAUGGAUAUCGUGGUUACAGUCUAGCAAACUGGGUGUGUUUAGUUCAACAUGAAAGCAAUUAUAACACAAGUAUAGUUGGACACAAUAGGAGAGACGGAAAGACUCUAUCAUCAGACUACGGGAUCUUUCAGAUCAACAGCAUCAGGUGGUGUGAAGAUGGUCAGACUCAGAACUCAAAAAAGUUAAGGAAUGGAUGUAGGAAGAGCUGUAAAGAUGUCUCGUUUACAAACUUAAUCUGGGGUUUCUGCCGAAGCAACGUGAUGGAAACCAAUGCAGAGAACCCAUGA